GUUUUAGAAGCGAAAAGUCCCCGCGCGGCCGCUCACUCCAACACACAAACUGCACGGUAACUUUUUUUUAACAUAUUUUCUCUCCGCGCGCACUGGAGCUGAGGGACGUUAUACUGACCGGAAAUCAUUCACACUGCAGACUACAGACGCGGAGACUCCUACUGGACACAUACACAUCGAAUCUGUGCGUAUUUUACUGAUGAACGUUCCGUUUGGUCUCAUCAUGCUGUCCCUUAUACGUGUGCGCGCCGUCAGGUGCUAGAGAGGGAUACGCACACACACACGCACGCACGCACGCACACACACAGACACGCACGCACACACGCGCGCCCGCGCACUCAUGCACAUUGAAGCUUGAGGAUGACAGAUGCACGCGGGCGGCAGGGCUCUUCACCGUCACUCUCCGUCGUUGCGCGCGCGUGUUCAUACAUGUGAGUUGUGUUAUUACGAGUAGUGAGUUGGACGGUGCGAGCGUGCGGUAGGUGCGCGCGCUCUGCUUGACAGGAUUAUUCAACUUUUCCCACAUUUCUUUUCAAAUCUCGGCUUCGUAUUUGGAACGACUGACUGACCCACCGAGCGCCCGUCUCUCUCUCUCUCUCUCUCUCUCUCUCUCUCACACACACACACACACACAUAUACACACACACACACACACACACACUGUGCGCUGCAGCGGGACCGUGAGAUCAUCCGCCUGUUCGGAGGAACUUCAUCUUCACCAGGACAAGAGAAGGGGAGAAGCAGAGAGAGUAAAAACAAACCAGGGAAAAGGAAUAAAGAGAGGAAAGAUGUGUGUGUGGAGCACGGCGGUGUGUUUGGCGGCGUUGCUCGCGCUCCUCAGGGUCGGCGGGUCGCACGCGCAGCUUUGCCCGGCUCAGUGCUCUUGCGUCGGGACCACCGUGGACUGUCACGCGCAGGGACUGCGGAGCGUUCCACGAGACAUCCCGCGUAGCACCGAGCGACUUGACCUCAACAACAACAACCUGACCAAAAUCACAAAGGCCGACUUUGCAGGGCUCCGAAAUCUUCGAGUGCUGCACCUGAUGGAGAACAGGAUCAGUGUAAUUGAGCGAGGAGCAUUUCAGGACCUGAAGGAGCUGGAGAGACUGCGCCUGAACAGAAACAGUCUGCAGGUUUUUCCAGAGCUGCUCUUCGUCACGACAACCAAACUGAACAGACUGGAUCUGAGUGAGAAUCAGAUUCAAGGCAUUCCGAGAAAAGCGUUCCGUGGAGCUACGGAGAUCAAAAACCUGCAGUUGGAUUAUAAUCAAAUCUCAUGUAUUGAAGACGGAGCAUUUAGAGCUCUGCGGGACCUGGAAGUGCUAACACUGAACAAUAACAAUAUAUCUCGCUUGUCAGUGGCCAGCUUUAACCACAUGCCCAAGCUCAGGACAUUUCGCCUUCACUCCAAUAAUCUCGUCUGUGACUGUCAUGUGUCCUGGCUCUCUGAUUGGCUGAGACAGAGGCCCCGCCUUGGCCUCUACACGCAGUGCAUGGCUCCACCCUCUAUGAGGGGACACAACGUAGCUGAGGUUCACAAGCGAGAGUUUGUCUGUACUGGCUCUGUGUCUCACUCCUCCUGCAGUGUCCUUCAGUGUCCUGAGUUUUGUUCCUGCAGUAAUAAUGUAGUUGACUGUAGAGGAAAAGGUCUGACUGAGAUUCCGACCAACCUUCCAGAGACCAUCACAGAGAUUCGUCUGGAGCAGAACUCCAUUAAGAUCAUCCCACCUGCAGCCUUCACACCUUACAAACGUCUCAGGAGGAUUGAUUUGAGUAAUAAUCAAAUAUCAGAAAUGGCUCCAGAUUCCUUUCAAGGCCUUCGCUCUCUCAACUCACUGGUUUUAUAUGGGAAUAAAAUCACUGAACUUCCUAAAGGCCUGUUUGAUGGACUCUUCUCUCUACAGCUACUGUUACUGAACGCAAAUAAGAUCAACUGUUUGCGUGUGGACGCCUUCCAGGACCUGCAGAACCUCAACCUGCUCUCUCUGUACGACAACAAGCUACAGACCAUCGCUAAGGGGACAUUCGCAUCGCUGCGUGCCAUCCAGACACUACACCUGGCCCAGAACCCUUUUGUGUGUGACUGUCAUCUGAAGUGGCUGGCUGAUUACCUGCAGGAGAACCCAAUUGAGACGAGUGGGGCACGAUGCACCAGCCCACGUCGGCUUGCCAACAAACGCCUCGGACAGAUAAAGAGCAAGAAAUUCCGCUGCUCAGCUAAAGAACAGUAUUACAUACCAGGUACUGAGGAUUACCGCACUAAGCUGAGUGGAAGUUGCUUUGCCGAUCUUGUGUGUCCUGAGAAGUGUCGCUGUGAGGGAACAACCGUCGACUGUUCAGGACAAAAACUCACCAAGAUACCUGACAGCAUCCCACAAUACACUGCAGAGCUACGUUUAAACAAUAACGAGUUUACCGUGUUGGAGGCAACGGGUGUGUUCAAGAAACUCCCACAACUCCGCAAGAUUAACUUCAGUAACAAUAAGAUCAGUGAUAUAGAGGAGGGCACUUUUGAGGCAGCAAAUGGAGUGAACGAGCUCAUACUGACCAGCAACCGUCUGGAGAGCGUUCACUAUGGCAUGCUGAAGGGUCUGACGGGUCUGCGCACACUGAUGCUGCGCAGUAAUAAGAUCAGCUGUGUGAGUAACAGCAGCUUCACCGGCCUGAGUUCAGUGCGGCUGCUCUCUCUCUAUGAUAACCUGAUCACCUCCAUCACCCGGGGAGCCUUUGACACACUUCAUUCCCUCUCCACACUGAACCUGCUGGCCAAUCCGUUUAACUGUAACUGUCACAUGGCCUGGUUGGGGGAGUGGCUACGAAAGAAACGCAUCGUCACAGGAAACCCUCGCUGCCUAAAGCCCUACUUUUUGAAAGAGAUCCCGAUUCAGGAUGUGGCUGUGCAGGACUUUGCCUGUGAGGACGGUGAUGAUGAGAAUAGCUGCUCCCCAUCGGCUCGUUGUCCAUCAGAAUGCUCCUGUUUGGACACGGUGGUGCGCUGCAGUAAUAAAGGACUGAACACACUGCCGAAGGGUAUUCCUAAAGACGUCACUGAGCUCUAUCUGGAUGGAAACCAGUUCACACAGGUUCCUCUGGAGCUCUCCAACUACAAACACCUCACUCUUAUUGAUUUGAGCAAUAACCAGAUCAGCACAUUAUCCAGCAACACGUACAGUAACAUGUCUGAGCUGCUUACACUAAUCUUAAGCUACAACAGACUGAGGUGUAUUCCAGCUAAAGCCUUUGAGGGCCUUCGAUCAUUGCGAUUACUGUCUUUACAUGGUAACGACAUUGCUGUAAUCCCUGAAGGAUCAUUUAAAGAUCUCUCCUCUCUUUCUCAUCUUGCUCUUGGGGCGAACCCUCUACAUUGUGAUUGUAACAUGCAGUGGCUCUCUGACUGGGUGAAGAGUGGAUAUAAAGAACCAGGUAUCGCUCGGUGUGCCGGACCCAAAGAUAUGAUGGACAAACUGCUGCUCACCACACCGUCCAAACUGUUCACCUGUACAGGUCCAGUAGACAUCAACAUCCAGGCAAAGUGUGAUCCAUGUCUGUCCAGUCCGUGCAAAAAUAAUGGCACCUGUACGAACCAUCCUAUUGACUUUUACAGAUGUACUUGUCCAUAUGGAUAUAAGGGUCAGGAUUGUGAGGUGCCUAUCCAUGCCUGUAUCAGUAACCCUUGUCAAAAUGGUGGAACGUGUAACUUAAAAGAUGGAGCUGAGAACACACACAGUUGUGUGUGUCCCGAGGGCUUUGAAGGAGAUGCAUGUGAGAAAAACAUUGAUGACUGUGAGGACAACGACUGUGAAAAUAACUCCACGUGUGUGGACGGAAUUAAUACUUACACCUGUCUCUGCUCAUCUGAGUACACAGCCACUAGUAACAAUGAAGUGGAAAAAGGGGAGCUGUGUGAAGAUAAGCUGGAUUUGUGUUCUCCGGAGCUGAACCGGUGUCAGCAUGACUCCAAAUGUGUCCUGACUGCUCACGGUUUCAAGUGUGAGUGCACUCCAGGUUACUCGGGAGAGCAGUGUGAGCUGGACAUCGAUGACUGCGCAGAUAACAAGUGCAAAAACGGAGCGCAGUGUUUCGACGCUGUCAACGGGUACACGUGUGUGUGUCCUGAAGGCUACAGUGGGUUGUUCUGCGAGUUCUCCCCCCCCAUGGUGCUGCCCCGGACAAGCCCGUGUGAUGAUCAUGAGUGUGAGAACAGCGCAGAAUGUGUGGUCAAGGGGGCAGAACCAGUGUGUGUGUGUCUCCAUGGUUACGAGGGCACACGGUGUGAGCGACUCAUCAGUGUAAACUUUGUCAGCCAAGACGCAUUUGUCCAGAUUCCUUCUGACACACAACACACUAACAUCACACUCCAGAUUGCAACAGACGAGGACAGUGGAGUGUUACUGUAUAAAGGCAAUGGUGAACAAAUGGCUGUUGAGCUUUACAGAGGACGAGUGAGAGUCAGCUAUGACACAGGAACCAUCUACAGUGCGGAGACAGUGAGUGAUGGAGAGUUCCACGUGCUGCAGCUCACAAUGACGGACCUGUCUGUCUCUCUAUCUAUUGAUGGAGGGAAACCCAAAUCUAUCUCUACUGCACGGAGAAUGAGUGCAGGAUUGACAGCAUCACCGCUCUACCUGGGAGGCGUCCCUGUACAGUCGUCCAUCUCUUCGUUCAGUAAUGGCUCCAGUUUUCACGGUUGUCUCCGUCAUGUCUACAUUAACGAGCAGCUGCAGGAUUUGAUGCGUUUCCAGCGAGAGGGUGUGAUCCCUGGAUGUCGCUCGUGCCAACCGAGUGUUUGUGUGCACGGUCAGUGCCACGUUAACUCACGUGAUGCGCGUGAAGCGUAUACUGACACCCACUCGUCAUUCAGCUGCGAGUGUGAACCAGGCUGGAGCGGUCCGUUGUGUGACCAGCCGCUCAAUGACCCCUGCGUUGGCAACAAGUGUGUGCAUGGCACUUGUGUGCCCAUUAACUCCUACUCCUACAGGUGUGUGUGUGCACCUGGCUUCGUUGGAGUGCUGUGUGACGAGCGCAGCGUCAGUGUGUGUGAGUGUAAACACGGUCACUGUCGCCUCUCCGGCCUCGGCACAGCGUACUGUGAGUGUAACGCUGGAUACACAGGGGUGCUGUGUGACAAAGAGAUGGAGUGUAGGGGUCACAGGGUCCGAGGUUACAUUCAGCGGCAGCAGGGCUACGCUGCGUGUCAGACCACGGAGAAAAUCUCACGCUUAGAAUGUGCAGGAAGCUGCGGGGGCGGGGACUCGUGUUGCUCCGCCCUUCGCACCAAAACCAGAAAGUACACGUUCCAGUGCACGGACGGCUCCUCGUUCAUCCAGGAAGUGGAGAAAGUGGUGAAAUGUGGCUGUACGAAGUGUCCAUCCUAAAACAGAGUGAGAGAGUGAGAGAGAGAGAGAGAGAGAGAGACCCCACCCAUCCCCUUUCACACCUUGUCCCCCUUCACUUUCUCUCCUCUCCACUCGUUUCCUCUCCUCUCAUCUGUUUCUUCAUGUUUUUAUAUAAAUGUUCACAUAUUUUCCGUUUCGGACUGAUCGCUUCCCUCAGAAGAGAAGAUGGAUUAUUGUAAGAUACAGAACAAAAAAACUAUUUUUUAUUAUCAAGGACAAAAAAGUAUAGAUUUUAGAUUAUUUUGUUUUCAUUUGCAGUCCUGAAAGAACUGUGAUUUUUUUUGUUUUUUUUAUUUUUAAAUUUUACUCAACAACACCUCAGUGAAGAGCGGAGAGCAGUCUGCUCUUCUGUACGGGUUUUUGGACUAACUCACUUUUUCAACAUGGGGAAAAAUAGUACCGCCAACACACACACACACACACACACACACACACACACACACACACACCUGUUUUUACAAUAUGAUAGGCGUCCCUGUACUAACAAAGGUGGAGCUACUGUACUUAAAUCUAAUUAAAGCUCAUUUCUCAGCACAAAUGUCUGGUUUUAGUUACACAAUAGAAAAUUAGCUAAACGCUCCGGCUGUGUAAACAGAAGAAUUCUAAUGUUAGCCAGCUAACUGCAGAAUUUAUCUAAUGUUAAUCAGCUAGCUGAGUUUGCUAGCAGGCUAAUUAUCAUCAGGUAAUUCUAUUGUGUAAUUAAGACCAUUAAUUCUCUAAAAGUUGACGCAAUUAGCUGAUUAUUUUGUUGACCCAAAGACACCUUUGAAACAUGCACACAACACACACACACACACACACACACACACACACACUGUGUAAACCCUGUGUAUUUAUUGUCUGAACCACUCUUUCACAGUACUUCCCUGGCUUUAUCCACAGAGGUGCAGCCAAUAUAAACCUAUAUUAAUUUAUAUUUGUCCUGUUAACAUCGUAGCUUAAACACGCACGCACACACACACACACACACGUUAGCGUGCUGUAAUGUAGAACAACUAACGGUGGUUGACUCGACCAAGUCAUGUUUAUAUAAAAACCUUUAGUGGUGUUUUAAACCUUCAAAAUGUGAAGUGUAUAUUUUUGUCCUUAAACUUUGUACGGUGUCAGAGAUGGACUUUCCUGUUAGCGAAGAACCAUGUAGCCCAUACACCCCCCCCCUUGCAUUCGACUUAAAACACGCAAUAUAUAGUGACCGAGUAACACUAGCUCCACUAGGAGGUGCACUACACGCCUCUUAAGAUGUUUCUCCUUAUAAAACUCGAUUAAACUAGAACGUAAAAGCUGUGAGUAUUUUUUAUCUAAACAGUACUUUAACCCCACCCACGUCCUCCCUCCUGUUAACAUGUUGCUGCUAAACUGGUAUCGUAGACUUUGCGUCACUAUUAGACAUGUGCCGAUAUUACGGUUUCCACAUGACGGUAAUCGCAUGCCGUUAUUACUACAAUAAAUAAACAAUGUUCUUGCAUCGUAUUCAAGAAUCGGCUUCAUAUUACUGUAUUGUAAUCAUUCACAAUAACGCUGAAACAAAUCAGUCAUAUCACAAUUCCAAAAAACUCUCACAUUAUCACUUCAUACUAGAAGUUAAGGCAUGUUAGUUCAUUUAAAUAUCGCAGCUGUGUGUGUAAACAGUUAACUCUUAUUGCAAAUGGACUAGCUUAUAUUUAGCUGGCUAACAUUUUUAAAUAAACUUCCUCUCAGAAAAAAAAAACAGAGAUCUAGCAACUAGGUUUUGAAUAGUUACCUCAGUAAAUCCUGAUUAAACACAUCACAUAAAGGCUAAAAUAAUGGAUUUGACAAACACAUUGGAUAUUCUGAAGUUAAGCAAAAAUAAAAAGUUGUUUUAGGUUCCAAAGGUUAAAAAUACAACAUACGGCCUUUCUGCUAAACUCAGCUAAACAGGAUUAGCUUCUGUAGUGAUGAAUAAACUCAGAUCGCUAGUUAAAUAGUUAAAUAUCUAACAAUGUUGAACGGUUACUUCGUAUCUAAAGGAAAUUAGUGAAUAUAACCAGCUGGAUAUCCAAGUAACUGACAGUUAUAGUGAUAAGCUAGCUAGAAAACAUGAUAGACAUAUAGCUUUAGCUUGCUAGUUAAGGUGCCUCCUGGAUUGCUAAUGAAUUCUUGUUUUAAUCAAAAUAGUACAGAAAAUGUCAGCUGCUAACCUGUUAACUGGAUGUCAUUAUGUACAUCUGUGACGGUUAUCUGAGUGAGAAAAACUGCCAUAGCCAAAAAAAAAAGACGAACGCCAAACUCAGUCAACCAGGUAGAAGAGUCCACGAUAAUAUUCUGUUUGAUCACCCAGAUAUUAUUGUGUUUAUAGAUUAUCGGCACAUGUCUAAUGAUGAUGAUGAUGAUUAUAAUAAUGUUGAAGAUGAAGAUGAUGGUUAUUCACGUGGUAAUGACGGUAAUUAUGAUACGAUGGUGAUGAUGGUAAUGAUGAUGAUGGUGUGUAUUGUAGAGGACAGUGCUUGUACACUGAUCAGCACAUUAUCUUACUGAUCUUUAAAUAAAAAUGUUCCUUCCUUGUA